CUCCCAUGUGGAUUUUGAGAUUUUCUGAAAACAAAAUCAUUUCUUGCUUGGUUGAGCACCUACCCCAAGGCCGGAUGUUUCAAAUUUGAACGUAAAUUUGUCUUAUUCACAUUUCACCAAUUCGUCGUGUCUGGUUUAGUGGGGCUAUAAAAGUUCUAGAGUAAAACGCUGUUACAGUAUUACCCAAAUUUCAAAAGAAAAUUUUGGCAGAAUGAAUGUUGAUCAUGAAAUAAAACUUCUUGUUCAAGAAAUGAAGAGACUUGGCUCACCUAAUGGUGAUGGAAAUAUAAGUGUAAAAUUUGGAGUCUUAUUUUCAGAUGAUAAAUGUGCUAAUCUUUUUGAAGCUCUCGUUGGGACUCUGAAGGCAGCAAAGAAAAGAAAAAUUGUGACGUAUGAAGGAGAGUUGCUUCUUCAGGGCGUUCACGAUAACGUAGAGGUUGUUUUGCUAAUUGAUGAUGCCUAAUACAUAACAUUAUUGCAUCAGGUACACUUUACAAUGUAUAAUUUUGCACGUAUGUAGCUAGUUGACUCAUGUGCCAUCUUUUCUGAAGUCUUAAUAAGAAAUCGUGAUAUUUUUGAUAAUAAAGUUUUCAAGAAUGAAAA